GACAAGCUCGAGGAAGUAUACGAUGACGUCACAGCGUCCACAUCAACUUCUUCUCUAAAGGACUGCAAGAUUAAAAAUGAUGAAUGAUCAUAUUGGCAUAUGAGAUGCAUAAAUAAGGCUUCCAUGCACUUGUGUAGGCCUAUUUUGGCAUAGAGAGAGAGAAAGAGAGAACAUUACUUCUAAUGCACAUCUAACGAAUUCACUGAGCCACUAGCGAAAGAAACAGAGGAAGCACACCACACACACACAGAGAGAGAGAGCGUGAGAGAGAGAGAGAGAGAGAGAGAGAAGAGGUCCAAGGCUAGAAAAUGAGAGCAUGAAAAGGGGAAACCCUGUGGGAGAGACCAUGUCUAGAUGCUCAUUCAAUUUCACAGCCACAUUUCACACUACAGCACACACUAAGUCACGGAGAUGACCAGCUCGAAUAACCCCAGGUUCCGCCUCUUGGUUGGCUGGUGCUGCCUGAUGACUUCAGCUCUUUUGAUAGUGACUGUAUAUCUUGCAAUUGAAAAUUUGCAAAAAAAGCCUGAUACAACAGGAAAUAAGUCCAAUUCAACAGAAAACACCAAAACUGACCAACUGAUAGGAUCCCCGUACGGUCCGUCUUUUAACGACUAUAUCCAUCUUAUCAGAGACACGAAAAAAAACUGGAUAUGUAGUGAUUCACGCCAGAGAAGCUUCCUCUCCUUAAAUAAAGGCACAGUCAAUAUUACAACCAGCGGUCUUUACUAUAUCCAUGCUCAGGUAACCUUCCAAAAACCCCGUCAUCAAACAACACCAGAGACGAAGAAUGAAGCAAAUGUUUAUUUGCUCAAAAACAGUGGUCCUGGGAUACAAGCCAGAAAACUGAGUGAGGUCAAAGGCUAUGAACCAGGAUCACUGACAAUGAUCCGGAUGGUCAGGCUGACAGAGGGAGAGAGCAUCAGCCUGAAUAUAGAACCUGGAUCCCUGGUCCUAUCAAGUAAUGAUUACCAUACUUACUGGGAAAUCUUGCUUUAUAACAAAGAAGUCUAAAUCUUUCAGAUUCUUCUUAAGGGAUUUAGGGUUUAAAGGAACAGUUCAGUAUUCCUUAAAGAAUUACAAGACCCACAAUUCAGUUUCUGAGUGUUUGUUAGCCCAGUGUUUCGCCUGAAGAAUUAAAUCCAUCUGUAUUUAUAUUUACAAAAGUAAAUAAUAAAAGAUGUUUGUAUGGUUAGUUCUCAAGCCUUUAUGGGUUUCAAAGGGAAUAUUUUCUUCUUUAUAUGUGUUCAAACAUAAUGUAUUUUUAUAUUAUAUGACAUAUUUUAGAGUAAUUGUUUAAAUAUUUAGAGAUUUAUUGCUGAAUUGCAAAUGGUUUCUCAGGUUGUGUAUUUUAUUUUAUUUAAUUUCUUUUAUAAAGUAAAGUGCUGUAAAUAGUCUUCAAAAUGUCCAGUAAUUUGUUAAUUUAAUACAUAAAUCAUGAUGAACUGAAGUCAACGUGAUCCUUUGAAAUGAACUUUUUUUUUAAAUAAUUUAUUUGUGAACUAAUGUUGUUCUACCUGUAAGCUAUGUCAAAAUAAAAGUCUUUUCACUGCAACAUA